CAACCUGGUGGUGAACUGAUGACAGACUAGUAUAGUAGUAGCAGGUGUCGAAUCGACUGCGGUAGGGAAGGGAAGAGUAGCCUGUACUGAAGGCUGGUGAGGAGCUCAGCUGCUGGUAGAGCAGAAGCGUGAAGCUGCAGCUGCAGCUGCAGCUGCAACCCAGUAGUAGUAGUGCUUGUCGGAGUUUGAGAAAGCCGCCCACGAGGUGGCGGUGGCACGACUCUGACACGACGGAGUAUUGAAAAGGGAAGCUCGGCGAGGUAGACAACGCUGACGCUGAGCAAGCAAACCAACCCCGUCCAGUGUCAAACAAGGCAGAGGCGGCAGGUAGCCUCGUCGUCCCGUCAGAGCCCACCGCCACCAUGGGGGAGCCCCCGGCAUGGAUGGCGGAAGCCGCCCGCAGAUGGCUGGAGGACGCCGGCGCCACGGUGGAGGGCGGCCCCGACCGGGCCUUCAACGCGCUGCCGCUCUCCGGCGUGCGCGUGUCCCUCGCCGAGCGGGGCCGCGCCGUCUGUUCGCUCCGCGUGCCGGCGCACCUCACCGUCAGUUCCUUUUCCUUCCCCCCGCCGGAUGCGGAGGGGAACUGGCACACGGGCGCCAUCGCCGCGGCGACGGACGACGUCUGCGCCGCCGCCAUCAUGUCCGUCGAGGGCAUCAUCAAGGUCUCCGUCCACUACGACAUCUCCUACUUCGCGCCGGCCAAGCUCCAUGAGGAAGUUGAGAUGGAUGGCAGGGUGGUGGAGCAUAAAGGAAGGUUGACGGCGGUUACGGUGGAGAUCCGGAAGAAGGAGUCUGGCGAGCUGGUGGCGAUCGGGAGGCAGUGGAUGACGGCGUCCAGGCCCAGAGGGAGCAAGAUCUGACGCCUCAUCUAUCAGAGUCUCUGCCUGACCCUGAAACGGGUGUUGAGUUACUAAACUAGCAGCUGGUGAGCUCGGCUCAAGGCAAUUGCUGGGUGAGUUACAGCUACAUAGAUUGAUUGCUGGUGUGUGUUUGGUGACUCGUGAUUUCUCUGGCAAUUAAGUUGGAUUUGUUUCUGUCUUGGGGGCCAAAUAAGUUAGUAGGAGCUCUGUUCUUGUGCAUUGUUGCUCUCUGCAUUGCUUUGCUAGCUGUUCAGGGCUCUUGUGGUGAACCGUGGACCAAGAGGCCGAUGGCUGAUGGGCCUAACCAGUUAUAGCCUUUCUUUGUCAAGACGCUGAUGGGCACAAGGGAUGAAAAUGGUAACGAUAUUAAUAGGAGAAAGAUUUCCCGCUCCUUAGCCCGUAAGUCAUGAUUUUGUAAUGAACUAUCAAUGAAAGUUACAAUUCCUUAGCCAGACA